CAGCCUGGCUGCUGCGUCAAGGGAGUUUGGGAACGCCAGCUCCAGACUGCGCGUGAAUUUCUGAGCACUCCUGCUUCAGAGGUCAGAGCAGACACCAGAAAGACUUUUUCUUCAAAAUAAAAAGCAACCUGAAAAUGAACGGGCAGCUUUCACCUGCCUUUGAGGAGAAGAAACCCUCCCUCCCCGUGGCUGGGAGCUCCAUCUCGGCAACCAAGGAUUCCCCGACGCUGCCGGAGUCCUCCUCCACAGACAUGGGCUUCUACAGCAGCCAGAGUGCGCUCCACGGCUCGCAGGAUUUCUACUCGGCGCAGCAGUCCUACUCCGCUCAGCACAUGAACCCGUACGCGUACCACCACUACAACCUGAACGGGAUGGGAGCCGGCGGCGCGUACCCUGUCGGAAAGGCCGAGUACCCUUACCCGCAUGCAGCGUACAGAGAGCACGGUGCGUUCAGCAGGGAGGUGCAGUCAACGCUCCAGGACGGUGUGAAAGAAGAACCAGACGUGGAAGUUCGGAUGGUCAACGGGAAGCCCAAGAAGGUGCGCAAGCCCCGGACCAUCUACUCCAGCUACCAGCUGGCCGUCCUGCAGAGGAGGUUCCAGUCGGCCCAGUACCUGGCCCUGCCGGAGAGGGCCGAGCUCGCCGCUCAGCUGGGCCUCACACAGACACAGGUCAAAAUUUGGUUCCAGAACCGUCGCUCAAAGUUCAAGAAGCUCUACAAGAACGGAGAGUUUCCACUCGGGGACAUUCCUCUUGAACACAGUCCAGAUGCCAGCGACUCCAUGGCCUGCAACUCUCCUCCAUCCCCGAGUGUGUGGGAAAACAACAGCAACAACAACGACAGCAACAACAGCAGCAGCAACAACAACAACAACAACAACGCAAACAGCAGCAGCAGCGUCAAGAAUACUGCGAUGCUGGAUCCUACCAGCAGGGGGCAGGCUCCCUAUCCGCCUCCAGUGGAGUCCUCGCCCGCCUUCAUGGGGGAGUACACGCACCAGAACUGGUACGAGCAGCAGGGUGUGCAUUUAGGCCUGCCGCAGUCGAGCCAGACGCACCAUGCAACGCCGAGCGCACCGUCGGCCACACAGAGCAUGGGAGCCGUCUACUGAUGACAAACACGGGACUCUCCGCGGCGUUUCCACCGGAGCCCUGAGCUCUAACUCCAGGUGAUGAUUCGGAGCUCUGCUGUGACCAGAAACACCUGACAGAGAUCAUCAGACACGAGUCAUGACUGUAAAAAACCUGACACACAUGUUGUAAAACAGGCUGCAGAUGUGGAUUGAAAACAAAUGUCGUCCUCAGUUACCCUCGCUGCUCCCAAGUUGAACUCAUAACUACGCAGAGGUGACUGAAGUGGGUUUUUCCACUGCUGAGACUGAUAAUGAUACUUUUAUGUGAAAUCACUGAUAACAGAUGAUAUUUUGUAUAUUUAAUGUUUGAAUUCUGACCGUAUUUAUUCCAAAAAAACAUAGAAUUAUUUAGUUCUUCUUUUAAAAUGUUCACUAAAAGCGCCUCUGACAUGAAAACUGAAUACUACUGAAAGUCUCCCGCCAACGUUAGCAGUGCAAAACGUUAGAAGACAUCAGCCCAACGGAGGAGACAGAUUCUGUAGUCUUGCAGUAGAAGUUACAAAAUACGUAUCCAUAUUUAUUUAAUUCAAAUUCAAGUUCCACUGAGGAAAGGAGGACAGUUGCCUGUUUUGGAGGUUUGAUGCCGGAUUAAGCCACUGUUUAGCUAUUUAUGUUGCACAGAUAAAACAAAGUGCUUUCAACCAAAGAAUUUAGACUAAUAUUACAAAUUUACUCAACUAAUAGAGUUCUGCUAGGUUCUUCUGGUUAAGACCCUACAAUGUUAAAGAUUCUGUAGUCUUGCAGUAGAAUUUAAAAAAUACAUAUCCAUUUUUAGUUAAUUAAAAUUCACUUUCCACUGGGGAAGAACGCUGAGCAACACUAGCAAACAGGUGGUUUUAGUUUUCUUUUAGUAGCAGCUGGAGCAGGUAAAAGUAGAAUUGUUUGUGCAAGAGAACAGAUCAAGGUUGUAUUCUUGGCUUAGAGGUAAGGCUGGGAUUAGAAAUGGAAUUUAUAAACUUUGGAUGGAGCCACGCUGGCUGUGUUUCCCUGCUUGCAGUCUUUGUGCUAAGCUAAGCUAAGCAAAGCUAAAUGGUGUUCAAACCUUUCACAAAAAUCCUCCCAUCUUUGCUUUUGGUCACAUUAGCUGCUACUAGCAUAAACGCCUGCCAAACUGUUAGUAGUUUAGUUGCAUUAUGGGUAAUGUAGUCGAAUGCAAGGAGUGAAAAGGACAAAUCUCAUGUUCUGCAGCAUUACAGCAUAAUUUUAAACAUUUUUCUUAAUGGAACAAACUCUGUUAUAGGUAUGCAAUGCUGAAACUAUUGAUAACUGGAGACUUUUAUAUAGAAAACUGCAUUUAAGUUAAAUUUCAAAACAUGCAACUGACAAGUCAGUGAUGUCAGAAUUCUUCCUAAUGUCUGCAUUCGAAGC